GUCCUCUAGGCUCUAACAUCUACGGUGUGUCAGCUAACAUCUACGGUGUGUGCGCUUGUGUCUAUUACAGAUUAAGGUGAAGUGUCCUCACAUGAAAAUGUCAAUCAGUCGAAUAGGAAAGCUGAGGCAGCAGUCCAGUGCCCUUUUCUUAUGUGACAUGCAAGAGAAGUUUCGACAUAACAUAGCCUUUUUCAAUCAAAUUGUGUCUGUGGCAGGAAGAAUACUCCAGACUGCAAAGAUAUUGGAAAUACCAAUUAUUGUAACUGAGCAGUACCCUAAAGGCCUUGGUCAUACAGUGCCUGAACUUGGAGCCGAUGAUAUUAUAAAAUAUUCUAAAACAUGUUUCAGUAUGCUUACUUCUGAAGUGGAGAAAGAACUUCAGUCCAUCCCUGAACGACGCUCUGUAAUUUUGUGUGGAAUUGAGACACAAGCAUGCAUCAUGAGUACCACUCUGGACCUGCUGGAUAAAGGAUAUGAUGUCCAUAUUGUGGCCGAUGCUUGCUCAUCCCGUAGUCAGGUAGACCGCCUUGUAGCUCUCUCCAGAAUGAAGCAGAGUGGAGCAUUUCUUACCACCGGUGAAGGAGUGAUCCUACAAUUACUACAGGAUGCUGCACAUCCUAAAUUCAAAGAGGUUCAGAAGAUUAUUAAGGAUCCCACACCUGACAGUGGACUAUUGGCUCUAUUUCAAAACCAGAACCCCCUCUUUACCUAAAGAUUUGCAUGUUGUUGGCAGCACUACAUGAAGAAACCUACUUCAAUAAAUACAGUAAAAAUCAAAUAAUAAAUAUCAAAAAUGCU